GGACAGUCACUCUAUUUCCGGCACUGCUUCUCUGAGUUUCGGCCGCCAUUACGAGUUGGAAGUGGAAGACUGGAAGCCGUCAAGAAAUUGCUCCCUCUUUCUCUUUGACUCAUUCUGAUUCUUUCGAGAUUCCAUCUUUCUAUCCUCAAACUUUGAAUUUUCCCUAAAACAAAACCAGAUGGGCAAUAUGUUCGUCAAAGGUCCUCCUCCGGUGGAUUCUCCGGCGGAACGAUUCGACAUUUCCGCCGAUCUGGUUUCCUACCUGUCGGCAUGCGAGAGGGACCCGGACUUCAGAGCCUUCGAUUCGACCCUCCGAGACCGCACCACCAGAGCAAUCCACUCCGUCGCCGCCAACCUCGAUGGCCGGACCCUCUCCCUCGACUGCCUCCGGGAAGUCACCGUCUGCUUCCACGACAUGAACCACCAGGUGGUCAAUUUCAUUCUCGAGAGCAAAAGGGAUGUCUGGAAAGACCCCGACCUCCUAGAUCUGGUCAAGGAGUACCUCGACAACAGCCGCCACACCAUGUCCUUCUGCACCGCCCUAGAAUCCUCCCUCCACCGCGUCCACUACAGCCACUCCAUCCUCAAAUUCGCCCUCCAGAAGUUCCACGAAGAGACCACCCAGAUCCAAAAUUUAGGGUCCGACCCGACCCUAUCUUACCCCAUGACUCUUGAGCAGCUCAAAUUGUUCAAAGAUGCAGGGAACCCUUUCACGGAGAAGUUCUUUUCGCAGUUUCGCGUGAUUUACACGAAGCAAGAAUCAAUGUUGAGAAAACUCAGGGAGAAGAAGAGGAGGCUAGACAAGAGGCUGCAGAGGAGGAAGUGCUGGAGGAGGAUCUCCAACGCCAUAUUCGCGUCGGUGUUCGUCUCGGCCCUCAUCUGCUCCGUGGUUGCCGCGGCGGUGACGGCACCGCCGGUCGUGGCGGCGCUGGCGGCGGCGUCCUCGGUGCCGCUGGGGAGCGUGGGGAAGUGGAUCAACAGUCUGUGGAAGAAGUACGAGAGCGAGGUGAGGAGGGAGAGGGACGUGGUGAGCGCGAUGGGGGCGUGGAGCGAGUACGUCGUGCUCCAAGACUUGCACAACAUCAAUGCGCUGGUGGAUAGGUUCGCGGUGGGGGUCGAGGGGUUGAUGGGGGCGGCGGACUUCGCCGGAGGAGGAGGAGGGGGAGGGAGGGAAGCGGUGGAGAUGGCGGUGGAGGAGAUAAGGAGGAACGUGGAGGGGUUUAUGGAAAUAGCAGAGGUUCUGAAUGUGCAUGCAGAUGAGUGCAAGAAGCAUAUAAGGAUGGGUAGAGCUGUCAUUUUGCAGAAGAUCAAUGAGCAGCCUGCUGCUGCUGUUCCUUCUUCUUCUCCAUCACCCAGUUGUUUGUUCUUUGGCUGAAACUCUUAUGAUUUUUUUUGAAUAGAGUCUGGAGAUUGGUAUUUGGACCAACAAAGCCUAUUUUGGUCUGUUUC